GUCUUUCAUUUCAUGAUUAUAGCUUAAGAACAUAAUCUUUUAGAGGUUUGCAUUCCAACAACUCAAACAAGAUAUCAAGCGGAUAAUGGCAAUUUCAUCAUCAUUAGCAAAUCCUUGCCUUCUUGCAUUCCCCUCGAACAUCACAGUGCAUACCCAAUCCCUCUCAAAACCCAAUAUCAAACUCACAAUUCAAACAAAACAGAUCGACAUAGCAACAAAAUGUGCUACCAUGAAUUCUGUCACCAUUACAGAAACUGCUCCCAAGAAAAUUCAGAAGGUCCAUCCCAAUUCACACCCUCUAACCCCAGUUGAUUUCUUGGAAAGGGCUGCCACUGUGUAUGGAGACUGCCCUUCAAUUUUGUACAAUGACACAACAUACACGUGGUCAGAGACUUAUGAGCGGUGCUUGAAUCUCGCUUCCUCCAUUUCAUCCCUUGGGGUCAAGAAAGGCGACGUCGUCUCUGUCUUGGCCCCGAAUAUACCCGCCAUGUACGAGCUGCAUUUCGCGGCUCCAAUGGCAGGUGCAGUUUUGAACACCAUUAAUAUACGUCUCGAUGCUCGGACAAUUUCCAUUAUUCUCCUUCAUAGUGAGUCAAAGCUCGUGUUCGUGGAUCACCAAUCAUGUUCCUUAGUCCUAGAAGCUAUGUCUAUGAUCCCAUCAGCUGUGUGGUCAAAGCGUCCGAUUUUAGUUUACAUUGAUGAAGAAGGAGAAGAAGAAGACGAGACUAGUUUUGGUGGAAAUAAGAAAGGUUUGUUUCGUCACUCUUAUAGUGACAUGUUAAGGGGAGGCAAUUGUGAGUUCAAAUAUGUGGGGCCGGAUAGUGAGUGGGAUCCGAUAACGUUGAACUACACUUCCGGGACCACUUCUUCACCCAAGGGUGUGUUACACUGCCAUCGUGGAGCGUUCGCUGCCACAAUUUCCAGUUUGGUCAACUGGUCAUUGACGUCGGAGUCGGUGUUCUUGUGGACACUACCGAUGUUUCACGCUAACGGUUGGAGUUAUGCUUGGGCCAUGGCAGCGGUCGGCGGCACCAAUAUUUGCCUCCGCCACCGAGUCGACGCUGAUUCCAUCUACCAAGCGAUUGCAAAGCACGGGGUAACCCACUUCUGCGGCGUGCCGGCCGUUCUCAAUAUGUUGGCCAAUCACUCUACAAAGACCGGCCAGCUACGCACUCCGGUUCACAUACUCACUGCCGGAGCUCCGCCUCCGGCCGCCGUUCUUGAACGGAUUGAGUGGUUGGGUUUCCGGGUGACCCACGGGUAUGGGAUGACCGAAACCGGUGGCUUAGUUGUGACAUGUGCAUGGAAACCAAAAUGGGAUAAGCUCCCAGCACUUGAAAGGGCGGCACUCAAGGCAAGGCAAGGUGUUCGCAGCGUGGGAUUCGGCGGCGUUGACGUGGUCAACACGCACACCGGAAAGAGCGUGAAGCGAAAUGGGAAGACGGUGGGGGAGAUCGUUUUAAAAGGCGCAAGCUUGAUGCUUGGCUACUUCAAAGACCCCGACGGAACCUCGAAAUGCAUGACAGAGGACGGGUGGUUCUACACUGGCGACAUUGGCGUAAUGCACACUGACGGGUACGUCGAAGUGAAAGACAGAUCGAAAGAUAUUAUAAUUUGCGGCGGCGAGAACAUUAGCAGCGUGGAGGUGGAGUCUGUUCUGUACAUGCAUCCGGCCGUCAAUGAGGUAGCGGUGGUGGCGCAGCCGGACAAGUUUUGGGGGGAAACAGUGUGCGCAUUCGUAAGUUUGAAGAGAGGGGCCGAGAAACCGACAGAGAAAGAGGUGAGGGAAUUCUGCAAGGAACGUCUGCCGCUAUACAUGGUGCCAAGAAGGGUGGUUUUCAAAGAGGCGCUUCCCAAGACGUCUACCGGGAAGAUUCAAAAGUUUCUACUAAGGGAUAUUACUAGGAAAUUAUAAUAGAAACAAAAUGAACUUUCUAUUUUACUAAUUUUAUUAGCCCACCAAUAAAUCUAACUAAUUAAACGUUUCUCCCAUAGAUCCUUCACAAAAGUAAUGUAUUUGAAAACAUUUCUAUUAUGAAGUCCUAACACUUAACAUACACCACAAUUUAUGUACAGCCAUGUAUGAUUUCAUACAUGAUUUCACUCUGAGUGAUAUGGACCUAAC